AUGGAGAAGGCGGGAAGUGAAGAGCGCGCGCUGCUGGGUUCUGGAGCGUCCCUGCGCCAGCUGCUGGGCCUGUGGUGGCCCCAGACGGGGCGUGGACGCUUCCGGGCUGCCGCUUCCGCCUCCUUCUCGAUGCUCGUCGUCGCCUGGCUGCCGUCUUUCACCGCCCUAAAGCUCAUCAUGGACACCUCACAGGAGCUGGACGAGAUCGCACUCUGCUCUCUCGUCAUUUUCGUCUCUUUCGGAUUUGUGACCAAGGCCUCGUUCUUCAUCUGCCAGAGCAACACUCUGCACCAGCUGCUGCAAGUGCUCCAUGAAUCGAGGCGUUUCAACAGCGGCCGAAAGGACAGUGAGGAAAUACGGCGCCGAUACCAAAAGCUGUCACGCCGCAUGUAUAUCUUCAUGCAGGUCACCUCGUUACAGGCGCUCGCCGGUUGGGUCUCUGCUCCACUACUGGCACGCGCUUUCCGGACCUCUGACGAGGAUUCCGUUGAAUCCUAUCGCCAGUUUCCGGUUCCUCUCUGGUUCCCCGGGAAUAUAUAUUUGUCACCAACAUACGAAAUACUUUAUCUAGUUCAGUUUCUAUGCAUAAUAGUGGCACCUCAAACUUCGACUUGUAUAAAUAUCUUCUUCAUACACAUGAUGCUGAUGGUAGCAGCAGAACUGCAAGUUUUGAACGUCAACAUCUCAUCUAUGCAGAAAGUUCACCUAAGGCUUGAAGGGUCUGAAGAUCAAGAGCAAAGACGUCGGAAUGAAGAAAAGUAUGAAGAAUUCGACAUUAAAAGUAAUGCAUUUGUUCAUAACACAGGCGAUUCGUCGACGGAAGAUGUCUCAGAUGAAAAUACAAAUCUGCUGCUGGUGAAGAACAUUCAGCACCAUCAGGUAAUCCUCAGAUCUCUCUCCCUCUUGCAGAGAGUAAUGAAUGUAUCAAUCUUCGUCCUUCUUUUCGUCAACAUGACUGGGUUGUGUUCCUGUCUGUUCGUUACAGCUGUGCUGUUGCAGAGAGACGGAAAUCUUGCAAAGGCGUUGAAGUCACUGUUAAGCAUACUACCUCUCCUGUAUGAAACUGGCUUGUACUGCAUCUUCGGGCAGAUUUUAACCGACCAGAGUGAAAAGCUGGUCAACUCUGCCGUCAGUUGUGGCUGGGCAGACUGCGACACCCGCUUCAAGAGGAGUCUCCUGGUUUUCCUGACGGUGGCUGGGCGUCCUUUGGAGAUCAUUGUGGGCAAGAGGAGCAAGCUGUCCAAAGAGACGUUGGUUCAGGUGCUGAAUGGGUCAUAUGGAUUGCUGAACUUGCUAUAUCAUUUUCAUAACACUCAGUGA